AUGUCUACCACUGAGGAAUGGGUUCAAGAGUUCGAGGGUCUCUGUGGUCGAGUUUCCAGCUUAUUUCCUUCUGAUAUUGACGAGAACGUUCGCAUUCGAGCGCUGCAUCUUGCUGAAAAGGCAGUACAUCAGCUCCACACCCCUAUGACUUUUGCUGAAGCCCAGACAUGGGGGCCGCUUGAGCUGUUUGGCGCCGGAGUGGCUUGUGAGAUGGGCAUAUUUGACGUUCUUUCUAAGCAUUCGGAGUCUCUCAGCACCGCCGAUAUUGCUAAAGAGCUCGAUGCCGAUCCGGCCUUGGUUGCUCGAAUCAUGCGUUUGUUGGAUGCACAUUAUAUGGUCGAUCAAGUCUCCUUGGAUCAAUAUGCAGCAAACGCAAUCACAAGGGACUACGUUAAGCCUUACCGAAAAGGCAACGUUAUGACUCAAGUUGCCUUGAUGCCCUCAUAUUUUGCUCUCCCAGCCUGGCUUCGUGCCAACAAUUACAAAGUGCUACCUGACGCAAAUCACUGUGCCUGGCAGUUCGGGGCUAAUACCACCAAAACUUUCUGGGAGAGCAUGUCAGAGGAUUCAAGUAUAAGCAAAUACUUCAACGAUUACAUGACUCUCCCUCGUACCACCCAAGAGGAAGACUUCGCUAGCUUUUACCCCUUUGAGACUGUUUUCAAAAACUCAAACAUGGAGGACAUUCUCUUCGUCGAUAUCGGCGGCGGUCUGGGCCACCAAGCCCUGCGCAUCCGCAGCUCCUUCCCACGUUCUCGGGGUCGCAUCAUUCUGCAAGACCUUCCCCAGGUCACUAGCAAGAUUGAGGCUGGAUCCCUGCCUGACGUCGAAAUCAUGGAUCAUGACAUGGCGAACCCACAGCCUGUCAAAGGCGCCCGCGUUUACUACCUGCGUGGUGUCCUGCAUAAUCAUGCUGACCACGUGGCCGCCAAAUUCCUUUCACAAUUUGCCGCAGCCAUGAGUCCUGAAUCGAGAUUGUUAAUUCACGAAGCCUUAGCUACGGACUUCAAUCCGAGUAAGAAUGUAACGAGGUUUGAUUUGAGUAUGUUGGCAUCUCUUGGAGGUGCACAAAGGUCAAAGGCUGAACAGAAGGCUUUAUUGGAAAAGGGCGGGUUGGAGGUUUUAGAAACGAUAGAUACGCCGGGAGAAUGGACCAUCAUGGAGGCCAGGUUGAAGAGGGACUAG